UUCACGUCUGUCUAAGUAAAAAUAGACCGCCGGAGAAAGUGAGAAACAGUCGGAGAUGUGGGUUCUCUAGGGAGAAGUUGGAGCUUCAAAUCUAGAGUGAGAAACACUCAAACCCUGCCCACCCCUACUUGAGAGGCCGCGAGAGCGAGAGAGAGAGAGAGAAUGGCAUCGUCUGGAGUGUGGUUGGAGAAGGAGCUGCUGGAGUUAUGCAAGAGGAUCGAUACGGGUCUGGAUUUGGAUAGCGAAAUCAUAUCGGGUCUUGUAUCUUACUGCGAGCUUGCUUCCCCCCUCGAUGCGAAAGAGUAUCUUGAUAAUAUCAUUGGGCAAGAAUCUGGAAAAGGAGUAAUAGAGGAGUACAUGAAGAGGAGAGGUCAUUCAAACUUAUAUCAGAACACUCGAGAUGCUUCUACAUCCCAACUGCAUGCAUAUGUAAAGCCACCUUCCAUUGAUAGUUUUGCUGCUGGAGCUAAGAAGCCUGUGAAAGUACGGAAAGAUGAUAAGGUCCAUGUUAAGCAGGAAAGCCAAACCAAAGCUGAGACGUCAGAUUCACAAAACAAGCAAAAACAGAGUCAAAGCAAUUCCAAAAAGAAGAAGUCUGGCAAAGUUCUUUCUCUUGCCGAGGCUGCAAAAGGAUCCAUUGUAUUUCAGCAAGGGAAGCCAUGUUCAUGCCAGGCCCGUAGGCACAGGCUUGUUAGCAAUUGUUUAUCUUGUGGGAAGAUAGUCUGUGAACAGGAAGGUGAGGGGCCUUGCAAAUUUUGCGGUUCUCUUGUUCUCAAAGAAGCAAGCUCCUAUGCUGGUCUGGAUGGUGCACUUCCAAUUUCAGAUGCUGAGGCUGCAGCUGAAGCCUUUGCAAAGAGGCUUGUUGAUUACGACCGCAAUGCUGCAGCACGUACUACAGUAAUAGACGACCAAAGUGAUUACUAUGAGAUUGAAGGGAAUAGCUGGUUGUCAAUGGAGGAAAAGGAACUCUUAAGAAAGAAGAGGGAGGAGAUAGAGGAGAUUGAACGUGCCAAACGCAGUAAAGUUGUCGUGACAUUUGACCUUGUUGGACGCAAGGUGCUUUUAAAUCAAGAUGAGGUCUCGGGCGAAUUGCAUAAUGGGUCACUACUUCGGCCAUCUGAGGAGGAGGAAAAGGAAAAGGACAAUGCACGCUUUAAGCCAAGCCCAAAUCUCAAGAUACAACCGAUCUUCCUUGAUCCUGGCCCCAGGAGAACUCCCAAGGAGGACAAGAACAAAGUUUUGAAGAACGGGUUGUGCUUGGAGAUUACCGGAAGAGUGCAACAUGAUGCCAAUGAACUCGCACGUGGCAAACAAGAAAGGUCUUCAAAUGCCAAGUCUUGGCAUGAACCCUCUGUUAACAAAAGACCCCCCAAUAUUGCAGAUGACAAUGAAUGCUCCUUAGAUUACAACUAAAAAAAGAAGAAAAACAUACGGCAGUUAUUCAAUAUUCAGCUUGUAAGAAGUUGAGGAUUUUCCCUACAGAUACGCCUAAGUGCAUGUUUGGCCAUAGCAGAUAAGCUCCAAAAAUUGUGAUCCAAACCUAGGUGUUUUAUCACAGAAAAGUGAUCUUUUAAUGCAAUUUUACCUUUUACUCUCAAAA